AUGGCUGAGACAUGCAGCGACUAUGGUUCAUCGAGUUCAAUGUCUCGGCUAAGUAGUGAGGAAGAGAUGAAACUCAUGCCCAUAGAGACAUUCUCCGACGCAUCACCUUACCAGACCUACAAAAGUCAGAACCCCAGAAAGAAGUGGACAAUUUUGGUUAUUUCUACCGUGAGCUUCAUUAUCUUCCUCAUCUUUGCUUCCGUAUAUGGUUCCGAUCAAGGACCCAAGAAAGAAGAGGUGAUUGAAGAAAUAGUACAAGAGCCUCAGUUUGCUGAGAUUCGCAACAUCUCCACAUAUCAAGAAGCAGAAAGGAGUUGCGGGAAACGGGAUGAGGUCGCCAACAUCACCAUCUGGAACGACGUUGUCAACAAAACCAGUGACCUAAUGGAGGACAUGUUUACAAUUGCCAUUCAAACCUACAAGAGACCUAAACAGCUGAAAAAGACUCUCCAGCAUCUUAUCGAAAACAAGGUGCCAUCUUUGUACGAGAUUGUCAUUGUUUGGAACGAAAUAGAUGUCGAACCUCCGGCGGACUUUAUGAGUGAACACGGGGUUCUCGUUCGAUAUCGAAAAUCUGAAAAGAACAGCCUCAACCAAAAGUUCCUUCCUGAUCCCUACUACAGGACCCAAGGAAUCCUUCUUUCUGACGACGAUUGGAAUUAUAACACGACUGGAGAUCUCGAGUAUGUUUUUCAACAAUGGAGACGCGCGGGCAUGCAUCGCCUCACCGGAGCCUUUGCACGUUGUUGGACUGUGAACAAUGUCACCGAAACUCCCAUGUACAGCUACGACUGCAAGGGCCUGGAGACCUACAGUAUGAUUCUGACAGGUCUGGCCUUUACACACAUCUCUUAUUUGGAGUAUUACCACUCAGAAGACGACAUCAUGACCAGCGUUCGAGAUUUAGUGGACGAGAGUUUCAAUUGCGAAGACAUUGCACUCAACUUUGUCGCGAGUAUGUUGGCUUGUGAGGGACCGCUUAUGGUACUUGGAAGGAACAAGUUGGAUCAUCAAGCUGCUCGCUCGGGUAUCAGUACGAAACCGGGGCAUAUUUUACGGAGGAGUCAAUGUUUGAAGAAGUUUGUUGAUUUAUUUGGAUAUAUGCCACUCCAUGAAGUUGAAGGCUAUCUCAAGAGGGGCGUUUACAUAAAUGCAUGA